AUGACUUCUCGUUCAAUAAGUCGGCCGAGCAUACUCUUAUAUCAAAGUUCGUUUCAUACAUUGCAGAAACUGCAGCCAGACAUAGAAAAGAAUAAAUCAGAAGGGAAAAAGUGGCGAGGGGAUAGGGAAGGAGUUGGGCACUGUCAAAACAACCACCUAAGUAACCUGGCAACGCGUCGGGUUAGUUAUGGGGCUAUCUCCGGUGGGCUCCAUCCUAAGUUUCAAGCCCAAUGGGAGAAUGUAAAAUUAUUUUGGAAUAAUAUCGAAUUUGAAAAUGUUGAAAUAAGCACUCGGUUGUUAGAGAAGAAGUUGGACAAAAUUGAGGAAAAGCUGAUUGAUACUAUUUUCUUCAAUAAGAAAAAACAACAACUCCAGGUAACCAUAAAUGCCUCAAACCAGAUAAAUGUAAUCCAGAAUAGAUCUGUCAACAUGGCAAGAAACGUGGAUAUGAUUCGCAGGUCGAUAAGAAGACAUCAAAAAGGCGUCAAACAAGAAGUGAGAGUUUCUAUACCAGAUUAUAAUGAAGAAACAAACGAAGCAUCAAAUUCCGAUGCCAGUAUUCCUGAACUUUCCUCACAAGAAAUAAACUGA